UUGCACAGACUUUUGUAGGGACAGAAAAUGCCUCACUAGUCACACUCUGUCCAGGACUUUUUCCCAAGAAGAGCUGGCUUACCUUCCACCAAGUAUCCCAAGGCCAGAAGCAUACCUUCCAUAGGACAGCCAUGGAAGGAGCCAACCUCAGUGGGGUGUCCGAGUUCCUGCUGCUAGGCUUGUCACAGGACCCCAGACAGCAGCAGCUGCUCUUUUCUGCCUUCCUGAGCAUGUACCUUCUCACAGUCCUAGGGAACCUGCUCAUCAUUCUGGCCAUUGCUGCUGAUCCCAGGCUGCACACCCCCAUGUACUUUUUCCUGGCCAACCUGGCCUUUGUAGAUGUCUGCUUCACCUCCACCACCAUCCCCAAGAUGCUGGCCAACCAUGUGUCAGGACACAAAGGCAUCUCUUACUCUGGUUGCCUUACACAGAUGUUCUUCUUCAUCUGGUUUGCCGGCAUUGACAGCUUCUUGCUUACUGCCAUGGCCUAUGACCGCUUUGUGGCCAUCUGUCACCCUCUACAUUAUACAACCUCGAUCACACCGCGGCUGUGUGGCUUCCUGGUCACUGCAUCCUGGGCCUCAGCCUUUGCAAAUGCCCUGACCCACACAGUCCUUCUGACUCGCCUCUCAUUCUGUGGCCACAACCAGGUCCCCCACUUCUUCUGUGAUCUCAGCCCACUUCUGAAGCUGGCCUGUUCAGAUACCUCUCUCAAUGACAUCAUGGUGUACACUGUGGGCGCAUUGCCCAUCAUCACCCCCUUCGUGGGCAUCUUGACCUCCUACACACGCAUCUUCACAGCAGUGUUGAGGAUCCCAUCUACAGGAGGGAAAUGGAAAGCGUUCUCCACCUGUGGCUCCCAUCUCUCCGUGGUGUCCCUCUUCUAUGGGACACUGAUUGGAGUGUACUUCAGUCCCACAUCCUCCCACACAGCCCAGAAGGACACAGCAGCUGCAGUGAUGUACACUGUGGUCACCCCCAUGAUGAACCCCUUCAUCUAUACCCUGAGGAACAAGGACAUGAAAGGUGCCCUGAUGACCUUUGUCCGAAGGACGGCAGUCCUUGUUAAGUAG